AGAGUGAAAUUGUUUGUUUUUUAACAAAUAAAUUUAAUGAAGGCGCUCAGUACAGUACGCUUAAUACUGCUCGCUCAGCGUUAUCACUUAUAUGUGAUGUUGACAUCGGAAAGAAUCCUUUGAUAUCGCGUCUUUUAAAAGGAGCGUAUAACAUUAAACCGGCAAAACCUCGUUAUGACCACCCAAUUUUAGAUAAAUUAGAACUUUUAAGACCUCUAACACUAACUACCGCACAUCGAAUACAAACAAUUGCUUCGAUUAAAAGAUGUAAUAUAAUUAAAAGUGGUGAAAAUUAUGAAAUAGAAAUUCCUGAUAGAAUGAAAACUUCUAAACGAGGUGUAUUUCAGCCACUUUUAAUUUUACCUAAAUUUCAUAAAA